AUGAGUGUCGCCCGACCGGUUAGAUGUCUGUUCUGCAGCUUUUCUCGGCCUGCCUCCGCGGUCCCUCGUGUGCCUCGCCGCCAAUUCCACCCUUCUCCAGCGCAGCUCUCCAACCGGAAACCGAAAUUUCCCAAUGUCAAGGCCGAUAGUUUGAAGUCCUUGGAGGAGAUCUCCCGGACCCUUAAGCCGGAGGAUUUCAAGCCCUACACAGAGGAAGAGAAAGCACGGCUGCAGGAAGAGUACACGCCAGAGCAGAUGGCCGCGAUUGAAGCCGGUGAGGCGGCAAUCGAUCCCAAGGAUCUAGCAGAGCAGUUUGCCAUCCGUCGGGAUCCGAUGAAGCUUCACUAUCUUGAUGAUUUCUCGACCAUCGAACCCGGGGUAGACAAGCACGUCCGGGCCCCCGUGACCAAUUCCGAUUACAAUGCCGAACUGAAAAGCGAGAGCGACUUCGCAGAGGAUUUCGGCCGCUUCCUUGCAGAGCUUCCCAGAGACCCCACUGCGGCCGACUGGGUACGGUUCGCGGAGACGCUUCGUAUGACCCAUGGCAAGGAGGAGAACGAGUUGAACCCCCACAGCGCAUUGGUCCCCGAUCUGCUUGCUCCUGGAGAGUCUAUCAGUGGGGAGCGGAAGGAGAUCAAUUUCUUCAAGGAGACAGACCCGAAGGCCAGAGAGUCAGAGGAGAUUACGGAUGCAUUGAAGCAGCUCCUUUUGGCUACCGGGUAUUCACAAAAGGAGAUUCAGGAUCUGAGGACAAAGACGCUCGUUUCGCACGCGGUUGUCAACCAGACCCGCUUGGGUAAAGUCCGUCGUCAAUACUGCUUGUCGAUUGCUGGUAACGGCAACGGUUUGCUGGGAAUUGGCGAAGCCAAAUCAGAAGAACCCGCCGACGCUCAGACGCAGUCCAGGUACAGGGCUAUUCGAAACAUGCAGCCCAUUCCCCGUUAUGAGGACCGGACGAUCUUCGGGGAUGUCGAGGGCAAGGUGGGAGCUGUUGAGUUAAAAUUGAUGACCCGCCCUCCAGGAUUCGGUCUCCGUUGCCAGCAUCUGAUCUUUGAGAUGUGCCGUGCAUGUGGCAUCCACGACCUUGCCGCUCGGGUGUCCCGCGCAAGAAAUCCCAUGAACACAGUCAAGGCCGCCUACGAGGCUCUGAUGAGCCAGCGCAACCCCGAAGACAUCGCUCGGGCGCGGGGCAGGAAGUUGGUCGAUGUGCGCAAAGUCUACUAUUCGGGAAGAGCCUAG